AUGGCGAGUGCCGAGGGGGAGGCCUUCCUGCAGGAUGGCGCCGGGGCUGGGGCGCGGUCUGGCGAGAGGCGGGCCGGCGGGCGGGAGGCGGGCUGGCAGGAGAGGUACUUCUCGGCGUGGCGCGGGCUGUUCAUGUACAAGCAGAGCCGCGAUUUCGCGGUGUGCCUCGAGAUCUCCUUCAGGGGGGCCGUGUGGCUUGUCCUUUUCGGGUCUCCGAUCAUUUGGGGCCUGAACAAAGACCUGGAGUCGCCAUUCUACGAGAGCACUUUCUGGGGGAAGAUCCUCGAAAAGAAUGGGAUCGUCAGCUUUGUCUACACGCUUGCCCCAACCGUUGGCCAGACGAUCAGCAAUGCUGUGGGCGGCGUGGCUGGAACCCUGACGGCCGCGGCGUUUUCUCUUCUCAUGUAUCUCGUGUAUCCUGACGGAUGCAGCGGCGCGGAGAGGUUCGAGCUCUGUUAUUUUUUUGGGUGGCUAGCAGGGGCAGCCAGCAUAGUGUGUUGCCAGCUGCUCGACGUCGGGAUGAGCUUCCGGAUAUUCUACAUUAGCAACUUUGUAUAUUUUUGGAUGGCCUUCUUGAAUCCCGACGCUAAGCUGCGGACCGCCCCAGACUCCCCAACGGAGUGGUUCAUGGGCCUCGAGUUUGUCGAUUGGGGCGGCGAAGCCUACGAUGGUGUGGUCGCUAUGAUCAGUGGGGCCUGUCUGGCGCUGAUCGUCACUCUCCUGCCCUACCCCAUGAACUCCAUGGAGCGGGCACGCGACAGCGCCUUCGCCGCAGUCAGUAUGCUCGAGCAGACAUGGGCAAAGCUGGCAGAUUUCUACCUCGCCAAUGACAAGGACGAGAGGCGUCAGGCCAUGAUGAUCUGCUCCAUGAAGGCGUUCAAGAACCACGUCUGCAGCCUCAAGGAGAGCACCUGGAAGCCUCCUGGUGGGAGUCGUGGUUCCUUGGGCUCUGCGGGCGGUCGUGGAGGUCACAGCACCUCUUCUUGA